AGGUGGUGGCUCCUUUUUUAGCUCACUCUCCUCCAGAAACAGUGCUAUCACCAGAUUGGCCAAGACACGCUGCAAUGUUCUGCUAAUCAUCAGGCCAGAUGAGAAGAUACCCAGCUAUCCCAAGCACAUGUCUCUGCGUGGUAGCAACGUGGACGACUCCCUCUUCCCCUUGGAGAGCUUGUUUCGCAUCUCGCGCAUCACGCGAACGGUGAGCACUGAGCUAGAUGUGGAUGGCACUUGCGGUCUCACCAACAGCCGCUGGCCGGUGAUCAUCAUCGAGGUCUACUCGGUGAGUUGUUUCUCAGAGGCCAUGGAGACACUUCACCUUCAACGGCAGCUGAGACCCAACGAGCUUUUGACGAAGGUGGAGG